AUGUUAUUCACUCGGUCUGGAAAUAAUCUAUCUAGCCUGGGAGAUUUACCGUCUUUUGAGACGGCAAAAGAAGUUUGUCAAGCCGCAUUUAACGAGACAAACACAUUAUAUUGUUUCAUAGAUACGCCUGCUUUCUUCCUGAUGCUAGCAGACUUAUACAAACUUCCAGGCGAUUAUUCCAUGGGCAAGAACAACGAAUUCCUAAAUCUUCUAUUUUCUAUUCUUGCUCUCGGCUUUUACGUCAAGAAUAAACGUCACAGCAAACGCAAUAGGUCAGGAGAUUUGAUAAGUGAAACAAGAAUGGAACAAGGUCGAAAAUAUUUCUCUUGCGCAAGAAGCGCCAUAGAUAUUUUCGACUGUGGAACCAUUCCGCAGCUCCAAACAGUUUUAUUCUUGAUCUUUUACCUCCAAUCUACUGCUGGCCUGGAUAAGUGCUAUUCAUACAUUAAACUGGCACAGCAAUCGGCUUUUCAAAUGGGGUUGCAUUUGAAGAUCUUUUGGACGAUUCAAAAGAUGGAUAUCUCUAUGUCGGCAAUUCUUGGAUAUCCCAAGAUUCUCAAUCUGGAUACUAUUGACCAAGAAAUGCCGACAGAGGUAUUCGAAUUGAAUAUAACUGAGUCUGGUGUGAAUGGUUACCCAGGAGCGAAAUGGUCAGUAUUACUGCAAGCAUCUAACGCUCAUAUGCGGUUAAUCUUGAUACUUGAUAAAGUAAUCAAGUACAUCUAUGCCAAUAAUAGAGUGGGAAGAUCAGUUAAUGAAGCUUCGGAUACUGGGCAUAUUGUUGAUCACGCCAUCGUGCGGGAAAUCGAAGAUGAUCUUCAGCAAUGGCGUCAAGGCACGCUAAAAUUUCUAAGCCUCGUCUAUGCUCACGUGCAGAUGAUGCUUUAUAGACCAUUCUUGUCUUAUAUCUCCGGGAAAGCUUUUGCUUGCGCUUCUGCCUACUUUGGAGUCUGUCAGAAUGUGAUUCAAAUUGUGAAGGAAUUGCAAGAACGUGGAUUAGUCAUUGGACCGAGAUGGUUUAUGAUAAAUAUCACAUCAUUUGCCACUCUGUCAUUGGUUUAUUUCAACUGUCAGCGGACUAAUUUGUCUCGACCAUCGGACCUUCAUUCCGACGCUCAAGUGGGACAUGAGGCGACUAGGGUCAUAGCGCAAAGAAAACGGGAUGCAUGCAGCUUUUUAUCAGCCUUUAAGGUUUGUGGCUUACCAGUAUGGGGUAUAGGGUGCUAA